CGAGGCUGGGAAGAACCCCCACGGAGGGCCACAGGCACUUAGACUCGGGAGAGGGCGGAGGAGAGACAGAGACAAAGGCACAGAGGAAGGAGGCAGAGACAGGAGAAGCCAGAGUCUUAGGGAGUUCAGAGGGGGAGGCCAGAGAAGCUUCAGAAGACAGACUGGGAAGGACAAGGAUCCAGGCGAGGAGGCUGUGGAAGGCGAGUGCGGAGAAGCCAGACCACUAGGCACCGCUCCUAAGCCUAAGGGCCAAGUUUUCGUCAUCUCCUCUGAAGGUCCCGAGCCCCUCUGAAAACUCUGCCUCUGAUCGGCAAGAGCCUGAGCCCCCAGGCUAUAGAGAGGAGCGCUCCAAAGCCUAGGCGGGGAGAAUUUGGUGCCUCGUCGGCCUCAGUCCCUCCCAGCUGCAGCGCCAGGGCCAUGUCCCGCCCGGACAGGCACCCUGAGAGGGGCUCGGCGAGCUGCUGGCUGUGGCGAGGGCAGACCCGCCCUCUGCUGCCCACUGUGCCCAUCUCUGGGCUGGUGCGGCUGUUUCUGCUGCUGCUGGUGUCCCUCCUGCCCUCAGCCCGGCCGGCCAGUCCCCUCCCCCGGGAGGAGGAGAUCGUGUUUCCAGAGAAGCUCAACGGCAGCAUCCUGCCUGGUUUGGGCGCCCCGGCCAGGCUGUUGUACCGCCUGCCUGCCUUUGGGGAGACGCUGCUGCUAGAGCUGGAGCAGGACCCUGGCGUGCGGGUCGAGGGGUUGACGGUGCAGUACCUGGGCCGGGCUCCAGAGCUGCUGGGCGGGGCAGAGCCCGGCACCUACCUCACUGGCACCAUCAACGGAGAUCCGGAGUCAGUGGCUUCUCUGCACUGGGACGGGGGAGCCCUCUUAGGGGUGCUGCAGUAUCGGGGGACUGAACUCCACAUCCAGCCCCUGGAGGGAGGCACCCCUAAUUCUGCUGGGGGGCCUGGGGCACACAUCCUACGCCGGAAGAGUCCUAUCAGCGGCCAGGGCCCCAUGUGCAACGUCAAGUCUCCUCCUGGGAACCCCAACCCCAAGCCCCGAAGAGCCAAGCGCUUUGCUUCGCUGAGUAGAUUUGUGGAGACCCUGGUGGUGGCAGACGACAAGAUGGCAGCAUUUCACGGGGCAGGGCUGAAGCGCUACCUGUUGACAGUUAUGGCGGCGGCAGCCAAGGCCUUCAAGCAUCCAAGCAUCCGAAACCCUGUCAGCUUGGUGGUCACUCGGCUAGUGAUUUUGGGGCCUGGUGAGGAAGGGCCCCAAGUGGGGCCCAGUGCCGCCCAGACCCUGCGCAGCUUCUGUGCCUGGCAGCGAGGACUCAAUACCCCUGAGGAUUCGGAUGCUGACCACUUUGACACAGCCAUUCUGUUUACCCGUCAGGACCUGUGUGGGGUCUCCACUUGUGACACCCUGGGCAUGGCUGAUGUAGGCACCGUGUGUGACCCAGCUCGGAGCUGCGCUAUUGUGGAGGAUGAUGGGCUCCAAUCUGCUUUCACUGCUGCUCAUGAACUGGGCCAUGUCUUCAACAUGCUCCAUGACAACUCAAAGCCAUGCCUCGGUCUGAACGGGCCUGGGAGCUCUUCCCGCCACGUCAUGGCUCCUGUGAUGGCUCACGUGGAUCCCGAAGAGCCCUGGUCCCCCUGCAGUGCCCGCUUCAUCACUGACUUCCUGGACAAUGGCCAUGGGCACUGUCUCUUAGACAAGCCAGAGGCUCCCCUGCAUCUGCCUGUGACAUUCCCUGGCAAGGACUAUGAUGCUGAUCGACAGUGCCAGCUGACCUUCGGGCCUGACUCACACCAUUGUCCGCAGCUGCCGCCUCCCUGUGCUGCCCUCUGGUGCUCUGGCCAUCUCAAUGGCCACGCCAUGUGCCAGACCAAGCAUUCACCCUGGGCGGAUGGCACCCCUUGUGGGCCAGCACAGGCCUGCAUGGGUGGCCGCUGCCUCCACAUAGACCAGCUCCAGGACUUCAAUAUCCCACAGGCUGGAGGCUGGGGCCCCUGGGGACCAUGGGGUGACUGCUCUCGGAGCUGUGGAGGGGGCGUCCAGUUCUCCUCCCGGGACUGCACGCGGCCCGUGCCCCGGAAUGGUGGCAAGUACUGUGAGGGCCGCCACACCCGCUUCCGUUCCUGCAACGCCCAGGACUGCCCAAGUGGCUCAGCACUGACCUUCCGUGAAGAGCAGUGUGCUGCCUACAACCACCGCACCGACCUCUUCAAGAACUUCCCAGGGCCAAUGGACUGGGUCCCUCGAUACGCGGGUGUGGCCCCCCGGGACCAGUGCAAACUCACGUGCCAGGCCCGGGCUCUGGGCUACUACUAUGUGCUGGAGCCUCGGGUGGUAGAUGGGACCCCCUGUUCCCCAGACAGCUCAUCAGUCUGUGUCCAGGGCCGCUGCAUCCAUGCUGGCUGUGACCGUGUCAUUGGCUCCAAAAAGAAGUUUGACAAGUGCAUGGUGUGCGGUGGGGAUGGUUCUGGCUGCAGCAAGCAGUCCGGCUCCUUCAGAAAAUUCAGGUACGGAUACAACGAUGUGGUCACCAUCCCGGCAGGGGCCACCCAUAUCCUUGUCCGGCAGCAAGGGACCCCUGCUCUCCGGAGCCUCUACUUGGCCCUGAAGCUCCCAGAUGGCUCCUAUGCCCUCAAUGGUGAAUACACGCUGAUGCCCUCACCCACAGACGUGGUCCUGCCGGGCGCGGUCAGCUUGCGCUACAGCGGGGCCACCGCGGCCUCGGAGACGCUGUCAGGCCACGGGCCGCUGGCCCAGCCCUUGACGCUGCAGGUCCUGGUGGCCGGCAACCCCCAGAAGGCGCGCCUCCGAUACAGCUUCUUCGUGCCCCGGCCAGCGCCUUCACCGCCCCGCCCCACUCCCCAGGACUGGCUGCACCGCAAGGCGCAGAUUCUGAAGAUCCUCCGGCAGCGCCCCUGGGCGGGCAGGAAAUAACCUCCCUAUCCCGGCUGCCCCUUCUGGGCGCCGGGGCCUCGGACUGAGCUUCUGCAGCCGCCUUAGGCUGACCCAGUGGGGAGGGGCUGCGAGGGUGCGCCUGGCCCCCCUCUCUGCCUACAGCGCAGGCUGGCCCUGGCGCGGUUCCUGCCCUGGACGGCAGUGAUGGGCGGUGGACCGAAGGGGCCGGGAGGCAGUCCCCUACCUAAGCCGCCCCCUCUGCCCUGCUGGACACAGGCGGGAGGGGGAAGGCAGGGUGGGUCCCAGUUGUAUUUAUUUAGUAUUUAUUCACUUUUAUUUAGCACCAGGGGAGGGGAUGAGGGCUAGGAUCCUGGGGAAACUGACCCCCACCCCUCACAGCCCUCACUGUGGCUAGGAAAUCCAGGUGGUGGUAGGCAUAAGUGAUAUGCGUGUGUUUGUGUGUGAGAAAACGUGUGUGUGUUUACGUAUGAGGUACAUCCCGCCCUAUUCGUCUCCCUGAAUUGUAUUUUCUGGGAAAGGAAGGGUCAGGGUAGGAUAGGCCUUCAGGGAGUAAGGGUUUAUCAUAUUUUUUAAUUAUAAAAUAAAUUUUGCUAUUUAUGUGCUCCAUUUGGAGUCAGACAGAUGUGGGUUGCACCUCAGCUCCACGUCUCUGAACAUUAGUUUCCUCAUCUGUCAAUAAUAAUACCUCCCUCCCUCGGAAAUGUGUUGUGAUGAUGAUUAAAUAAUGUAAAUAAAGGACUGGCAUGAUGCUUA